AUGAAUUGUUCUAUAGUAAUAAGUAAUUCGCAAGGGUGGUUGAAUGGGAAUGCUGGUAAUGUUGCACCUUGUGUAAAACACAAUGAAACGACGCCGGUUUUGCUUUAUUAUCAUCAUGAUGUAAAAGUGGGUAAAAACCGCAGCGCUCGUUGUGUGAAUCAACGCCAUCGAUGCCAUACAUUUUGAACUAACGCGACUGUGAUCACUCAGAGCUUUCACAGGUUGCCGUAGGCGUGGGGCGCGAGUCUGGUAUGUUGUCGUAGUCCCGUAGUGCACUCUACCUGCGAGAGGCAGCUAGCGACACUACUGUACCUGACGGAAACGGGUGGAUGACGCUUGCGUCCGCUUCACAUCGCAAAAUCCGCCGCGGUCGGAACUUGACCGAAAACCGCGCGCGCGUGCCGUCGCACGUGUCAUGCGCCCUGUAGUGCGUCGUCCCGAGCAGCAGCGGCCAACGACGAGCAACAGGUGUCCGCCGCCGCAACCAGCAUCAUGAGUGCCCAGUACCGGCCGUACCGUGACGAGGACAACGGCGGCGAUAGCGAGCCGAUGACAUGGCCCGACCAUGAGCCCACGGGCGCGGUUCAAAUCUACGAGAAGACGACCGAAGACAUUCGAGUCGUGUCGCACCGCAACCUGGUCAUUGGCGGCCUGGGCAUCGCUCUGCUGGGGGUGCUCGCGGGGCUGCUGGUCGGCUACUUCGCGCACACGGAGCACAGUGGCUGCGUGCGGGGCAAGUCGGUUGCCAUCCACGCCGUGUACGACGCCGACCCCAGCAUCAGGGCGCGGCUCUUGGCCCUCGUCAGCGCUGACGGCAUCAACCGAACCGCAGGGCAGCUGCUUGAGGUGCGUACAGACUCCGAGAUUGUGGACCUCCUGCAGCAGCGUUGGAAAGAGCAGGGCCUCGAGGCUGUGCAGCAGCACACAUACGAGGUGCUGCUGUCAUUCCCAGAUUCAUCACGCCCGAACCGGCUGCGUCACUUUGAGAAUGCGUCUGAUGCAGCAGGUGCCACUGUGGACCUGUUCUCAGAGGAGCACCGUCCCUAUGUUGCCUACUGCACACCCAAUGGUCCCAUCAGAGGCCCCCUGGUGUACGCAGGCCGUCUGCAGGCAUCCGACAUAGACUGGCUGCAUGGCUCGAACGUGACGCUUGAUGGCAGUGUCUUGCUCGUGCGGCUUGGCACAGAGCCCUUGGGCCGGCAGCUUGCCUUGGCACAGCGGGUGGAUGCACGUGCUGUCCUGUUGUACCCAGACCCUCGCGAGUUUCGACCACUGCCUCCAAGCUACCCCACGGAGCAGGAUGGCAGUGCUGCCUGGUGGUGGCUGCCACCUGACGGAAGUCACAGUGCCAGUCCCCUGGGUCCACUCCUGGGGGACCCGCAGACCCCCGGAUACCCUGCCGUAGUGUCUGCACACCGGCUGCCUCGGGAGCAGUUGUACCUGCCUACAGUGCCAGCGCAGACCAUCAGUGCAAACGUAGCUGAAAUUUUGCUGCGGCACAUGGGGGGACCACCAGUCACUGCGCAGAUGCAGGGCUCCUUGGCUGGUGAGAGUGGUGCUGCCCUUGGCGCUGGGCCAGGCCCUGUUGAGGUCGAGCUGCAGUUGCACAACAUGCUGCGAAACCAUUCUGUGUUUGACCUGGUUGGGUACGUGCGCGGACUCGUCGAGCCCGAUCGCUACGUGCUGGUGGGUGCUGGCCGCGAUGCGUGGGGUGACUCGGACAUUGGCAGCACGGCCCUGCUGCUCGAACUGAGCGCAGCCUUUGGAAAGCUCCUCCAGGAAGGCUGGCGACCUCGCCGCACUGUCAUCUUCUGCAGCUGGGGUGCGGAAGAAUUCCAGUCCGUGGGUGUCGUCGAGUGGCUUGAGGAGAACCUCAAGCUGCUCCAUGGCCGUGUGGUGGCCUACAUUGACCUUGGCCAACCUGUGCUUGGGUCCACUUCGCUAAGUGUGGCGGCCUCCCCUCUCCUCUACCAUGCAGUCUUCAAUGCCACCCGGCAGGUGCCAGCUGGCGGUGACGGCUCACGCAGCGUAUACGAGCAGUGGGUGGCCACCUUCCCCAAGCACCGCAAUGCUUCGCGACUCCUGUUCCCUCCUCCGAGUGGCUCUUCUGCGGCACCCCCUGUGCUCCUUGAGGAAGGAGAGGAGUGGGACUCCUUCAGUGUGGAGCCCCUGGACCUGCUGACCAACUACAGACAGGCCGCCAUGCUUCCUGUGCGACCAGCAGUGCGGGCUAUGGAUGUCGAAGGCAGCUAUGCGGCCUUCUUCUCCCAGGCAGGCAUUCCAGUGGUGCAGAUGAGCUACGUAGACGACAUCCUUCAGAAGUUGUCCCGAGUGGCAUUCCCACGCAAGCACACCCAGUACGACCGCUUCUCUCUAUUCCGGGAACACGUGGACCCGGAGUUGCGGGCACAUGCAACGGUGGCAGCUGUUGCAGGAGAGUUGGUGCGCACCCUGGCAGACUCCCUGUUCCUUCCCUUCAACCUGUUCGAUUAUGCACAGUUGUUGAAGGACCUCUGCUUCAGCCUCCAUCUGCAUGCACAUGGCCUAGAUUUGGGACCCCUAGACGCAGCUGUUCACAACUUCUCAGUAGCAGCCUUUGACUUCCACUCCCGCCAGAAUGGCCUCGACACCUCCGACCCAAUGGCCAUCCGGAUGGUGAAUGACCAGUUGCUGUUGCUGGAACGCGUAUUCCUCGACCCUAGGGGUUUGCCAAGAAACCCCUACAAAAAGCACUUGGUGCUGUCCCCACCCGAGCUGCCCUCAUACAUGGACGAGAUGUUCCCAGGCAUCAUGGACGAGUUCACGCGCCUUGUAGAUGAGCUGGGCUCUCCCACCGAUCCAGGCCCCCACUUGGAUGUGCUGAGGCAGCACUACGCCUUGCUGGUGCAGGUCAUCCAGCAGGCUGCCGACACACUGGCUGCUGUGGUGCCACCCUAAGCCUAGCAACGCUACGUGUAAACCCAUUCCGUUUCCCAAGUGAAGUUAUGAAUAAUGCAAGAACAAACUGAGCACAUGCCAAAGACAAGGGGCAGAGGCUUGCACUUUCAUCCAUCUUAUUUGACCAGAGUUGCUUAGACAAAAUGUAAGUGUAAUUGGAAGGUAGUACCCCUGACCUUGUGAUUGAUGUGCUCUGUCUGGUUCUAGAUAUUCAUAACUUCAAGUAUGUACCAACUAAGCCAUCACAAGAAGCAUGUCCAUUUCAUGGUGUUUUAGAUGGCAGCCAAAGCAAGGAGCAUGCAUGUUUCUACAUCUGGCAACACUCUCACCUGAUGCUGUAGAUGUGUCCGAAAACCUUUGAGCGAGGCUGAAAUCCCUGGAUACCUUUUUUCCUUUCAGGCCUCCUGUGAAACCAUGCUAGGAAUAUCAUUGAUUUAGAAGGCAGUACAUAGCCAGGAAUGUGGAGCUGAACAAUGACAACAUGGGUGUUGCUGCAAAGGCUUUCCUUUUCAACUUCAGGCUUUAAAAAAAAGCUCAUCUAGGGACUUCAAGUUAAGCUGGCAUGUACAUGCUUCUGCACUGUUAAAGCAAGCCCAGCGCAUUGCUGCGAUUGAGGUAGUCGCAAUCCAUCUGUGAAGAAUCCACGUGGUUAAAUCAUUCAUGGCGAUGCCUUCUGUUUCACAUGUGCAACUACCAGCAAAAUGCCGCACUGUAGCAACAGGCACUUACUGAUGUCAUGACAUUUCUGCUGAUUUAUUCCAUCAACUGGAAUGCCAGUAUCUUUUGUCAUGUCCAUUCACGCUAUAUUUUAGCUCAUCAGCAUAUGGUGCAACCCUCGCAUAUUGUUGUUUUAUGUUAAGUUUCAGAAGAGGAAAUAGCUUAAACAACUGCUUCAAGGUGUGAGUUAGGUUACUUGUAGAAGCUGUCAGCAUCUCUCUUGUUGCAAAAGGCUCAGAAGCCAUGGCUCUCAAGCUGUAAGAAAAUCACUCAUUGUAUACGGUAGGGUGGGAAAUGCAGGAACAGAUGUGACCUCCGAACUGCAAAUUUCUCUCAUUGCACACAAUGAUACAGCGCAUUGCACUUGUUGCUAUCCUGGAACAGAAUGUGAAACACUACACACUGAGCUGACCAGAAGAGCAUUUCUAUUCUCUUUUUCAUACACCGCAGGCAAUGCUACGAAGGCUCUCUUAGACUUCUGUUAAUGCUCUGACCAUAGAGUAGUGUGUCACAUGUGAAUGAAAGAUGUAGGCGUGCUCCAUGUAAUUUGAUAUAACCUAGUUUCAUAAUAUCAUGUCACAAAAUAUGACUUGCUAUAUAGAGGGUGUUGCAUACCUGAUCCUUUUUCUUACAGAACAAGCAGUGGCACAUUUCUGUGACAAACAGACACAGUGCACCACCUGCAGUAGUUAUCAAAACUUAAUGCAUUGCACACAAAGGUGUGCAAAUAGUACGUAAUUUGACGUAGCCUUGCAUCCACAAGUUAUAUCCACAAUAUAUGAAGUAGGUGUUCUAUAGAAAGCAUUCCAGACAAGAAAUUACUGCUCUGCAAAAUAUUUGGAGGGGGACAUCUUUGAGCGCGCAUAGCUUCCGUAGCAUUGCCUGCUAAGUAUGAAACAGAGCAGAGAGAAUGCUACAGUAGCAGACAUGCGGCUUGUGGCUCCUAGAGGCUUUUCCCUGCACUGCCAUUCAUUGACAAUGUGGCUCGUGCUUACGAUGCCACCAACAUGCACCUUUCACCUCAUUUCGGCAUUUGCCUCUGACCGCAUGUGCGUUAGACUACAAUGGUGCCUUCAUGAUGCCACAUCCAUGCUCAGAGUUGUGCCACACGCUGUCCAUCCAGUUGUUUAUUUCGUCCAGACGUUGCUUUCACCGUUACUUUAGGUUCCUACUGGACGUGUGAAUGCUGCAAGCGUGCCUUCAGAUGCCACCAACUACAGAUUCAAUAACAAAAGUGUGUGAGUGACCCUUUUAGUUGUUUGUCACACCAUACUACAAUUUUUUUUUCCUUCUUUUUCUUUCCAAAUUUCAGUAGCUCGUAUGGUCGCUUUGUUCAGACAAAAAAAUAUAGCUAAAUUUAAAUAUGCUGAAACAGCCAACUCUGCUCCAUUGCUUUAAUAUGUAAGUGUGUUAGUGUCAUUUAGUGCGAAAGUGUGUUUAGGCUGUGAAAAUUGAAUUCUGGGGUUUUAUGUGCCAAAACCAUGAUUUGAUUAUGAGGCACGCCAUAGUGGGAGACUUCGCAUUAAUUUUGACCGCCAGGGGAUCUUUAAUGUUCUCCCUUUGCAUGGAACACGGGUGUUUUUGCAUUUCGCCCCCAUCAAUAUGCGGCCGCUGCGGCCGGGAUUUGAUCCCACGACCUCAUGCUUAAGCAGCGCAACACCAUAGCAGCUGAGCCACCGCGGUUAGGUGGUGAGCAUGGGCGAGUGUAUUUUAGCAUUUUCAAUGGAACCAUUAUUUGGACAAGAAUGUGCAUCUGUCCUGUCCUUGUUUUGGCAUUAUUGCACUAGGCUUCAUUCUUUUUCCAUCCUGUGCUGCUAGACUUGUUAAAAGACUGUGGGUAUGUUGGGCUAUUUUUGUACACUUGCGCUUAGGUCAGUAGCACAGUUUAGUAUGCAAAGGUUGCUUUGUAUGUAGAAGUUGAAUCUUGGUAGACACUCAGUCAACCUGUUGCUAUUGCUGUUAAAACAAUAUAUGCUAUAUUUACACAAAUCUGGCAUGCCCCUUUAAAAAAAAUAUGGUUUGAAAAUUGCUUUUGCGUUACAAUCUGAUACGAAACCAAAUCAGUGUUCGUGGCAUUGGCAAUACGGCUUACCAUCAGAGCCGUCAGACACAGCAUCAUCACCAUCAUGAGAUGGUGGCAAAGCUAAUUCUUCUUUAAGGUUGCUGUGGGUUCAUUUUGUGCUUGACUAUGAUCACUUUCCAAGAUAUCUUUUUCGUGAGAUUUCAUGCGACUCGACACUGGAUGUGUCAGCCCAUACUGCUACCAGCGUUCCUGAUGCUGGGCCAAGUGCCUGUGCAGAAUGCCAGGGACACCCUGGGCCACAUAUUUUGACCAGCCCAAUGCUGAGUCACAUAACAUCUCGUGAAACUCAUGGUAGUAUUUCAAAAAAUGAUGGCUUGAGAAUACCGCCUUGUUUGUUGGUAUCUGUGUCCAUUGAAGCGCAAAUGGCGAUGGCGACAUGCCGUUUUCAUUAUGAAAACUCAUUUAAUUCAAAAAGUUGCCCUUCUGUGAAAAUUCUGGAUGUCUCAUUUUUUCUGAUCACAAAUGUGGGGACAUACUGUAUUUUUUUUAAAUAUAAAUCGGACACAUAUUGCAUUCAGGUGCAUGUCACAUUCAAGUGCAUGUUACAUUCAGGUGCACUUUCAUUUUCUUACUUUGAACCCGUGAAAAUUGGGUGCCCAUUAGAUUCAGGGGUGCAUUGGAAUCGUACAAAUGAGGUAUAUUAUAGACGUGUGCGAAUAUGAGCAACUCGCACAUCAAAUAAGGCAAAGCUUUGUAAGCUAAUUCUCAAACCUUAGAGAAAUCCCAUCUCAAACCCUACAGAAAUCCCAUGCUCUGUUUUGCCACUGCCUAAAAUCUACCCAAGGUUUGGCAAGUGCUUCACACCUGUCACAGUAGCUUAGUACACAUGCAAUUGUGCUGCUGUGUUCGAGGUCAUAGGUAGAUCUCCACUGCGGUGGCUGCAUUUCGAAAGGGGCAGAAUAAAAAAACACCCGUGAACAUAGAUUUAGGAGCAUAUUGAAGAAGCAAGGGUGGCCAAAAUUAACCUGGAGGCCCUCCCUACUGCAUGCCUCGUAAUCGUGUUCUGGUUUUGGCAUAUAAACCCAUAAAAUUUAUUUUUAAUUAAACUCUUUACUAAUAUCUGCUGCAGUUGCUUCGUAAUAUCUGAUGCACAUUGCUGUAUGCUUCGCCGCUUUUACUAACACUGGCGUCCAGCUGCGCAUUGCGACAGCCUGCUGAUACAGGUACUUCAAGACCUUGAUGCAUCCAGUGUUGCAGGUUGUUUUCUGGCUGACAUUCGGUAUUGGCCACACCGCCACACAUAAACAAUUGUGGAACUACCUUGUACAAACUGCUGUCAAUGUCCUUUCAGUUUGCUGGAGAGGCAAAGGUCACUUCCUUGCCACGGUGGUUGCUGCCAACCUGUGCGAGGCAGCGCGAGUUUGUGAUCCCAUUUACACUCACCUUUCCUAAAUUAAUAUCGUAGCGUGAUGGUCUUUAAGACUUGCGCACCUUAUGGCAAAUUUCACAAUGCUGUUAAGCCUGGUUGCCAUGGGAAUGGCUCCUAAUGAAAAGUUGUGCCUGUCAUUGGUGCCAUCUGCAAAAUUGCAUUUAAGGGGCCAUGACACCCAAUUUGCAAGACGCAAUUAUACAUUGCAUGGUAAAUGGUACGUAUCCCACUACAAGCUGGGGUAGAAAAUGGGGUAGAAAAUUUGUAUUUCAAUUUUCUAAUAUCGCAUUUGAACCAUACAGAAGUCUGGCACCACUAACUGAUGACAAUAUGACUCGCAUCCCCAGCUAAGGCUCCCUCAGAGUAACGGAAGUGAAUCUUGGAGCCCAAGCUUUCGUAUACCGCAAGCACUGGAUGUAAUUGUAGGAGCCGAAAAUAUGUCAUGGUCACCAUGUGGUACUUAGUCUUUAAUGUGUUAGCAUUUGGAGUGUCAAAGGGGAAAGAAAUGUAUGUACGUGGAGUGCGGGAAGCCGAUCUGAGGUGUGUAAAGUCGGUCACCUGGUAGAUGUAGAGAGGAAAUGGCAGGGCUUACAAGAGCUUACCAAUGGGAGAGCUUAGAAGAGUGUGGGCUUUCUAGAAGCCAGUCGGAGUUGGGAAGGAGAGAGAGAGGCACAGCUGCGAAUUGGCAUUCAAGAGAAAGGGAAAGAGUGGCGGCACUGAAACACCUCAGUCUGCUGCAGAGCACUGCCAUGUGCAAUUCGCUCUGCGAAGUGGCAAGUCGUGUGUUGAGUGAGAUAAAAUGAUCUGCGAAGCUAAAGAGGUGUGAUGUAAUGCUGAUGCAUUUCUCUCGCAUUUACCACGAAAUCACCACUGACUUUCUGCAUGUGCGUUACGGUGGUCAGCCUAAGAUAAUCUCUGGAGGCGUUCUCUUGUUUGUACUACUUUUAUCACUUGAGUAAAAAAUUGCCAGCACAAUUUGAUAGCGAUACCCUUGCUGCACCAUAGGGUGCCAGAGCAUGCAGAGCAAGAUGUCCGAUGUGGUUUCUGGCUGUUUCGAAGCAGUAGUCGACACAGUGUUAGCCCCACAAAUCCCAGCAUCACGCAACACGUCUCAAUAUGGCGGUCACUGUCGCUGGCAGAGGCUUAAAGGCAGGGAUUUCAAAUUGAAAUUCCCAAGUAAUGUGCGCUGAGAGUCAAGUUUUUUGUGAGCACGUAUAACCAUAUUGACCCCUCUACUCCCACUUAUAAUGAUGAACUGAGAAUAGCUUUAGGACCGUGUCAUGGCCCCUUUAGUAGACAUGUAAUCUAGUAAUUGCAUAUAGCGGAUUAUUCUUCGCUGCCGGAAAAUGCAGCCCAUAACUGCUGACAAAAUAAUUUUAACAAAAUAACUUUAAUUUUAAACCCCACAAAUGUACAUGUUUGAAGAGCAUGGCAAUGACUUCAUGUUGCUUAUAUGUUUUCCCCGUAUCAUACAAGCCUAGGUAAUAUUGUUUUAUGUAAAUGUGAAGGAUUUAAACAUUGGUUACUGAAGCUUAGAACACACAGGCAGUUUAAGGAGAGCUCCUGAAGUCGCUGCUAUUUGCCCAGAGCAUUCUUCAAUUGCUCCAAAUCAUAACUAUAGUCUAGCAUCCCUGUCACAUGGACAGCCUUCACACACAACACAGAACAGUGUUUUUCAUAGCCCACUGUAGUGUUCCUGGAUGUUAAACCCCACAAUAUUUUAGUUAUUCUUGCCCAUUUGACACCAGUUUAGCUUCUUUGGGUCGAGUGACAUUCAUGUAUACUCACAUGCGACAGGGAUCCUGUUAGUCGAGCACUUCUGUGCCAUCGUAGCACGUUCACCUGCCAUACAGCGAGAUGUAUGUGGCUGUUAGAUACAGUGUGCCCUAUGGCUCACUAGUCGCAGGUCAAGGAGCAGAAGGAUACUCAGCUCUGUUGCGUGCUUCUUUCCUGUCGCACCUGUUUUCAACGGUGUAGGCUUAAAGAAGCAACCAGAUGCUUACAAUAUUCAAGCGACAGGGACAAGCAAUGUAACAGGCUGCUGAGCCAUGGUGUGGGGCGACUGCGUAGACUCUACAUUAAGAAACGAAGUAGCCACAAAGUUACAUUGUUGUCCAAUUAAAUACAAUCAAACAUCCAUAAAAAAUUGCAAACAUUUUGUGAGAUCAACAUUUUAAUUAGAGUAUGCUAGAUCUAGCGUACUGCACUUGACCACAGUGAAAAAGCCUUUUGAAUAGCCAGCAUUAGUAACUGCUAUGGCCUCAUCUUGCAGGCAGGAAUUAGUACUAUUGUGGCUCAAUGGCAUCUUCAGUCUAUAAGCAUCAAAACAAACAGCUGAUCUCAGUAGUAACAGAAAAUUGUUAGUUCUUAGUCUUGAGCAUGAGAUAGGACUAAGCGAAGUCUGAUUUCGUCAUUUGUUUACUGCUGUCACAACAAAUUGUAAGUGGCAAGAGCAAAUUCGAAUCUGAACUGGAGGCCUGGGCACUUCCAUGUUAUGCAACCACAAUAACCAGCAGAAGCUGCCUCAUGAAAUUCUAAUUGACAAGCAAGUUUUUCUAGGUAAACAAACACCAGCGAUGCGACAUGCGAUGGCAACAUAUUGCCCUCCACGACAGCUAAACACGUUGCUGUCGCUUGAAUAUUCAAUGCGUGUGGUUCAGCCUUAAGUGUUGGUGUGCUGGUGCAGCUGUGUCAGCAGCUUUGCAUUUUGUGUCUUUUAUUUUUUAUUUUGUGUGUUCCUGUUAAGUUUCUGUUUUGUGUGUUCCUGAUAAGUUUUCCUUUUGUUUUCAUACUCGCAUGGCUCUUGCUAACUUUUUUCUUGCUGUCAAGCAUGAAAAGGUAAGCACAGCUGUUAGAGCUUCUGCGGCAACUCAGCAGCCACAGCACUCAGCUGCUGAAAUAAAGGUUGUGGGCUAAAUUCCUGGCUUCUGUGGCCAUAUAUCGAUGGGGGCACAAGGCAGGAAUGCCUGCAUAAAGAAAAAGUUCGCUGCAUGUUAGGUUGCCUAGUGGACAAAAUUAGUAUGGAGCUUGCUACUUUGGCAAACCAUGUGGCCUUGGCAUAAGUUUAGGACGCGUAAAGCUAAUUUCACACUUCACAAAUGCCUAACCUUUGGGCUCAAUAACAUUUUUUUCCCACCUUUGACACGUUUCAGCAUCACAAUUUUAUGAGAUUGUUUAACAUAUGGCAUAAUUCAAUAUGACUUUUUAUAUGCCUAAGUUCAUGCACAGAAAGAAUUGCAAAGCAUAAAUGAGGGAGGAAGAGCUGUACUAGUAUGUAUUCAACAUGAGCUUGCUUGUUGACACCUCUGUGGCAUGUGUGGCGAUGUUUGGAUGAUUUUAUAACUUUUUAUGUUGUAUGUUUGCAUUGUAUUCAAUGUGCCUGGUGCGAUAGGGCUCUUAUCACGGUGUGGGCUUUAUUGAUGGGAGAGUAUUGUGUAAGCUGUCUAUCUUGUAUUCCUUCAAUGAGAAGCUUCGUCAUAGGCACAAUCCGAGGUCGGAACAUUCCAUUUUUUAGCCUUUUUGGUCAUGAGAGCCAUGCAUAUUUUUCUGUGGCUUGAUAACAAAACAAAGCUUCCUCUUCCAUAUGGUGUCUCAGAACUACAGUGCAGCUAACAUUUUUCUUCAUAAUAAGAAAGAACUGACAGCUACGGUUACUUCGCAGUAUAUAGUGGUGUGUUGAUGAACCAUAACUACAACUGCUGCGAUCACAGUUCACAUUUGGCAGUAUUUGCCAGAGCUUUAAUGCGUGUUAGCAUUAGCCAGAUACAUUGCUGUGAUAAGCCCACAUUAGGUGUGAACAAAUGACCAGAAGUGACCAGUGGAUGGGAACAGUGCAGCCUUGCAAACCUUAGAGUCUCCUGACAUGAUGCACUGUGCUGUUAUGAUGUGAUUACUGUUUGCACAUGCAUCCUGCAGAAUUGUGCCGUCUGCUUUAUGUACCAAACGUUGCAUAAACCAGAGUGCCAGGUAUAUAAGGCUCUUCUGGCUGAGCCAUUGGUUUGUUUGCAUGCAAAUUUGACACAAAGGUGACAUUUCUUGAUGCAUGCAGUUUAACUCCUUCCGUGCCAUUGACAAGCUGAAUCCAUCCACAUGUUUCUGUUAAAAACAGCCGAGGAUGAGUUCAGCUCAUCGCUUUUUAUUUUCUUUCAUUUUGAUGUAUAGUGCUGUUAAACUUAACUUUUGCAAUAAAUGGUAGAGUGUUUUACAUAAUGCAUAAAAUAUUGUCUUCAUUGUUUUUCGUAAAGGAUUUGAUCAUCUUUGUCAGAAUUCAAGAUAACUGUGUGACACAGAAGUGGUCAGUACUAAUUUUGGGCACAGUGCUGGCCUGUUUCAUUCAGCACAAAUAAGAAGUGUGCACAUGAAGUGAUGCCAGACAGGAAAUGUAAAUUUUCUUUUGGCGGAACAGUUACACCAGCUGUCAUCAUUAGGACUAAAUGUGGUGCACACACUAUUUUUUUCACUACCACAGUGAGUAAUGGCAUUGCUAUUAUUGUUCUGCAAACCUACAUCUUUUGUCUGGCAUCACUGCACUCACUGCAUGCUGCUUAUUUAUAUUGAACAAAACAGGUAUGUACUGUACUCAAACAUGGCAGUAAACUGCCUGCACCAUAAAAUUCCACCUAUGUAUCAAAUUUGAGCGUCAACAAGGUUGCAGUAUGACAGGUUCACUUACACUUAGUGCUCUUAUUUGCAUGUUCACAUUUGCAUAUGUAAACUAUUGCUUUGGCAUUUGUAGUAGGAACGGCUUGUAUUGCAACGUGAUGCAAUGGCACAGGGCAGUGGUUUUGAGGGCAUCUCAUCUCAACAGCCAGCACUGCAUCUUUGCUCUGCAUCCUAAAUUCUCAAUGGCCUUCUGCAGACCUCUUGGCAUUGCAGAAGCCUACUGAUGGUGUAAUAUGUUUUUUCUGUAGCCUAUGCCAUGGUCUUGGCAGAUUUCUUAGGCAGCUGGGCCAACUAAUAUUGUGUUGUCAUAUUUAUUCUCUUAUUCCUAUUUUUUGUCUGUUAUCGCCUUCAUUUUUAUAUCAGCUUGCGUUUUUCUCAUUGUACUUCAUAUUUUAGCAUAUGUUCUCUACUGAUAGCGUAGGGCUAUUCAUUUUUGCUGUACGUGGUUCAGCUGAUUCACUUCCAUGAAUGUCUGAUGGAUAAAUCAAACUUGGACUUGCUAUUCAGAAAUAAACUUUUUUAUGAGGUCAACGAAGUAGUGCAGAACUUGAUUCAUUUUAAAUUUGAGUUAAAGGGACCCAUAAGCGACUUGUUAAUUUCACCUGGAUUCAUAGACUACAUUGCUUGAAAUGCAGACACAUCAGUUUUAAUGCGAGUGAAGACAUAAGAGCUGCGAUAAUGUGUAAAUGAAAGGCACAUUUCAACGCCACACUGAAAUUCCUGUACUAAUUACCUGUGAUCUAGCAGACUUCGGUAGUAUCUGCGUGAGGCUACAUAGAGAAAGGACUGCAUUGUACUUGGAAGAAAGCUAGGACUCUCAAUCUGAACCUGGCAGCUAUUGUUAUUUGCCUUUUUGAAAAGAAUUCAAUACACUCAAAUCACCAUGAAACGUUUGAUAUCGCACUGACGUCAUCACCAUCGCAGUGUCAUUGCAAAAUUUAAUUAAAGCAGUUUUGUCUUUCUUGGCUAAUAGUCAGUCUUUUACUACUAGAACAAUGCGAAUAUGUAUCCUGAAGGCUAAGCCUAUGUUUUCUCAACUGAUGUAUGUUCUUUAGGGUUCCUUUAAUUUUUUCAGAUAAACUCUGCAUCAGAUAAAAUUACUAGCAGGAAUUUUCUGAUGAACUGAAGUGGAUGGAGCUGAAGCAACUGCACCAUGCACAGCUUGGGUGCGUGUCCUUAUUUGUGAUUCCAACAGCCGGUGCAAAAAGCUGAUUAUUCCUCAAAGGGAUCAGAGUUUCUGAGGUUGUGUUUUUAGGAGCCUGGCUCCAAGUGGAAGAAGAGCAGCUGUGCCUUUCGCAACCAGCCUGCAAUUUGUGACUGUGCAAAUACUGUCCGCCUCUAGGCAUGUGUUUAUAUGAGUGCUGGAAAUGUGAAGUAUGUAGUUUUUUUACUCAUUAAAUGGCUGUUAGCCAAAGCAC